CUCCUGAGCUCAUUCUCUGCUGUGAAAUAGCGAAGAAAGAAAAUGCCUGAACCCGCCAAGUCCGCGCCCAAGAAGGGCUCCAAGAAAGCCGUGACUAAAACCGCCGGCAAGGGCGGCAAGAAGAAGAGAAAGACCAGGAAGGAGAGCUACGCCAUCUACGUGUACAAGGUGCUGAAGCAGGUGCACCCCGACACCGGCAUCUCCUCCAAGGCCAUGAGCAUCAUGAACUCGUUCGUCAACGACAUCUUCGAGCGCAUCGCCGCUGAGGCCUCUCGCCUGGCUCACUACAACAAGCGUUCCACCAUCACCUCCAGGGAGAUCCAGACCGCCGUGCGUCUCCUGCUGCCCGGUGAGCUGGCCAAGCACGCCGUAUCCGAGGGCACCAAGGCUGUGACCAAGUACACCAGCUCCAAGUAAACUGCAGCUCUACUGCACUCACCCAACGGCUCUUUUCAGAGCCACCCGCCUCUUCUGAAGAGCACAUUUCUACACAAAAUUUUAAAGUAACACAAACUGUUUAGUACUUGAAACCAAAAGCAAGUGGACAAAAUGGAAAAACUUUUUGUGUUGUAAAAUAAAACGAUGACAUCGUGACCAGAAGCUUCUUAAUUUCCGGCUUUGUUUACAGAACUUAUGUUUUUCACUGGAGUGAAUGCACUGACAAUGUUCUGUUAGUUAAACCUAUAGAUGUUUUUCUCAUCAGUGACUAAAUACUUGAUAGCUGUUUCAUGUAUGAACAAAAUGUCCUGUAUUUGAAACUGCCUCUAGCAUUUACAAAAACAAAGCUGUGCAAAGGACUUGUCUUCAAUGAAAUUAAGGGUUUUAGUAUUGUGUGUAUCCAUCA